AUGGGUACCGGUAACGAACCCCAGCAUAUGCCCCAUGCCGUACUUGCCGCUGCUAUUCCAGUGUUGAUAUAUUCUUUCUUCUGUCUUUCCUUGGGAGUAUUGCUCGUGACCGUCUUACACAAAACCAGAGAUGGGUUCAAUUAUGUAACAUUAUUCGCUCUUGCAACCACAUGCACCACUAUAGUGUCAAUCAUUCAGCAAUGCAACUAUAUCGCCAACUGGCACGACUUACGUAUCCAGCAAUACGAGCAGUCCAUCAUUGUCAAAGGCAAUCCAGCGCUGGCACUGGGUCCUUUGUCUCGAGGCUUCAAUGCUGUCUUGUUCUGGACAAUCUUGUACUUUUACAAUGUCGACUCGAUCACUAUGCUCUUCUGGGCUAUCGCACUAGUGUUUAAUGUGUGGAACAUUCGCCCAAGAUGGCUUCAACGAUGGCAAGGCGUCAUCAGCUGGGUUUCCAAGGUUCUGGCGGUCGUGCUUCCUGCUAUCUUCUCGGCACUGCGCAAGGGAUUCCAAGUCAAUGCUGGCUUCAUUGGCACCCUGAUCUUGAUGAAUCUGCUGAUGCUCGUAAGCUUUGCCUUUGGUGCGAUUUGCGUCAUCCUUAUUCUCUUCAAGUAUCUACGAGCCAAGAUCGGCUUCGACAGUUAUGCCUCCGCAUCAGCAUCAAAGUCAUACGCAGCCGGCAGUGUAGCAGGAGUUGAGACCACGACUAGUCGAGUGGGACGCUCGGCACCAAAAGGACUCAGAGCAAGGGUCGACGGAUGGCUUGUGGUGCGCUUCACCAUCGCCUUCCUGAUUCUCAGUGGCUUCGAAAUCUUCCUCAUCUCCUUCGAAAUCAACAGAUACCACAAAACCAAACAUGCAAAAAUCGCCGGCGCACCAGACUUCGGCGUGCGCGCCUCUGUCGUCGACGUCUUGAAUUACUUGCCUGGUGUCACUGCAAGUUUUCUCGCUUUCCUGCUUUUUGGAACUACGGCACAACAACGAGCUAUGUAUGCGCCCAUGCUGGCUGCUCUCCACCCAGCCCGAUGGCGCGGAAGACCGAAGUCAGCUAGAUUCAGUGGAAACCAUGAUCAGUGGAGGCGUAUGGAUACCGAAGGCUCGAGGCCGUCAGGGCAAACAAUACAUGGGGAUAUCGAGAUGCAAAUGCCGACGAGGAAAGAUAAGGUCACAAGGACUAUCGUCACAACGGUGGAGAGUGAAGAAGCUUUGUUCAGUCCUCCACCGAGUUCGAAGGGACAUGUUGCAGUCUUGGAUGAUCGCGACAACAAAAGAGUAACGAGAUAA